UGAACUUCCCAGCAGGCUCAAGCCAGAUUUCUACUUGCUGACCAAAAAAUCAGAGGUGUUCAGGCAGAUGAACCAUGGAUCCCAAUGAAAUGCCUGCUGUGCCCUGCUGCACCUCCGACUCCCCCAGUGGCCUUGAGACCAGAGCCCCAUGGGCGAUCGAACUUGGCCCCAAAAGAACUGUAAGUUGCUGUGCCCGCUGCUACAACCAUGGCCUCAAUGACCAAACCAAGGACCAGGAGCACUCCUGCCCCUUCCAGGCUUGCGAAUGUCACAAGUGUGCCUUCUUCUCGGAUCCCUGCAGAGUCUUGCCUGCUGAGAGUGCCUUGAAGAGGGAGCAGGGGGCAUGCCUAAAGAGGCACCUGACCCAAGGACUGAUAACGAGUGGGGCCUCCCCUCCCAAAGCUCACAGCCAUGUCCAGAAGUUGACCAUUCAAGGAGGAGUCGUCAGCGAGCACCCAAGGAGGUCUGCUGAUUGGUCAGGCCCCAAAAUCUUUGUCUCUAUCUUGGACUCCAGCAGCCUUGAAGAUGCAACUCACAACUUCUCUUUCCAGGAAGACCCACAGGACCCCUGCCCUGUCCAGCAUGGUCCUGAGGCUUCUGACCAGGACUCAGUUUCUGCCUCCUCAGAGUGGCAGCGGAAGCUGGAAGCCGCUGAGGCUCUGCUGAUGCUGAGAAACUCUUCUCAGGCAUCUUCUGGCUCCAUCUCCCUGCUCCAGCCCUGCGUGGCAGCAGCUCCUGCUGGAGAUGGAGGACUCCAGCCUUCUAGCUCCUCUCUCCGACCCAGGCCAGCCAGCUCCAUUUCUCUGCCUAUUGGACAUCUGGGGUGCAUCUCCCUCUUGAGCUAGAAACCCAGAAGAGGAGGCCUCACCAGAGUACUUCCUAUUCAUGCAUUUGCAAAAUGUUUAAAGUCCAAAAUGCUUAACAUGUUUGGUUUUUUUUAACCUCUAGGUUCUUUCAUAAGCUUUUCAGACUCUUUUUAUGAUACGGGACAAUUCCUUGGCUGAGAGUGGAUAUUCUUGUACCACCAUCCCUUAAUGCCUAGAUUCUGGGGCCUUUUUAUGUCUCUUAUGAAAACAGCGUCAUGGGGUCUAAGCUGAUCAGUCUCUAAAUAGGGUUCUGUGGGAGGUCAUGUGUUCAUAUGCCAGAGUUUUCAUUUGACUCGUGAUUGCAAACAUACCCAUGCACUCAUGCAUGUAUGCAUGCUUGUCAAAAUAUAAGGGUGUUUUCAUUUUGUGUCUAGGUUUGUGUGUGUGAACAAAUAAUAAAUUCUCGUUGUUGUAAGGCACUGCGAUAUAGGAGUUGUUUGCUACCACAGUAUAAUGUAGACUCUCCUGACUCUAACAGACUUGUUCAGUUUACUUUUCUAAGUGAGAAUCACCUUACUCAAUAACUGGGCUUUCUUAGCAUGACAAGACAAGAAAAUGGUAGCGAAAAAAGGGGGAGAUGGUGAAGGGGGUAAGCGUUUUACUCAUUUAGCAAGGAAGUGCCUACCUUCUGCCUGGCAUAGACUGCUUCCAGCUGUCCAGAGGGCCCCAAAUUGGGUUGUCUUCAGGGUCAAGCAGGUCUUGCGAAUGAGCAGAGCAGGACUGAUAGGCUCUGGCCAACUGGCAGCGCAUGCUCUACCUUAGGGGCCAGCUGCCACCUGGCUCCAGCCAAUUGUUGUCAUGUAGGGAUGUGGACUCUUCAUUGCCACAUCUCCUGAUUUUUCAAGAGAAGAUGGAAUUCUAGAUUUCUAUGUAAAAUAUCUCAAUUUUAAAACAUUGGCUCUGGUUUCCUGUACGUGGGCCAAAGAAAACAUCCAUUCAGGCCAACUAUGGCCAAGUGAAUGCCAGUUCGAUUCUAGUCGAAUGUGUAUUUUACAGUGGGGGGCACUGAAGGCAACCAGGGCCAGAAGAAUCAAAGAGGGGGCAUGAAUUAGACCCAGAGCCUACUUUUGAAGGACCCAUGAAAUAUGAGGGAGAAUCAUUAUCAUUGAUUUUGUGCCCACUGUAUGCUAAACACAUAGAGCCUCACAGCAGCUCUCUGAGCUAAGCAUUAUUACCAGUCUUUUACUUAUGAGGACACACACUAUAUGAGUACAAGUAACUUGCACAAGUGUUUUAGGGGAAAUUUGUAGCCACAGAUGGAUGGAGGAAGACUCCCUUCUCUUUGCCAGGCCCUAAAUUAGCUACUAAUUUUAUAAGUUUUAAAGACUAAAUUCUAUAAAGUAGCAAUUACAUUACCUGCAUUAUAUUUAAAACAAUCAUAAUACAUACUCAUCAAUCUCUCAUUACUUUUCCUACAUCCUGAUAGUAUACCUAUGUACAUAUACCAUUGAGUGAAAGGUUCAAAACUUGAAGCAGCAGACAUCCAGUGAGAAGAGUCUUCCAAAAAUAGUUCUUUUGUUUCCUAUUCAAUGUAACAAUAUGUAGUAGUGGAUCAGAUCUUACGUGCACUGAGAUCAGAUCUCGGUCUUCUGCUGAUGUUCCAAACAAAGAAGGACCUGGAGACCCCGCCCAGAAGACGGAAAGCUCCACUGGAUAUGCCCAGUCGCUGACUAUUUCCCAUUGUGUUUUCUCCCUCCUCCCAUGCCUCCCUCAUUUUUACCCAAGACGAUUGAUGGUGAUGACUUCUGAUAACUUAUGCUUUCUUGUUUCAGGCCUUGAGAAGUCAGGCUUCUUAUAUUCCUUAUCUCAUGCCAGAUAAACAUGCAAGGCCACUCAGCGCAUAGGGCAAGACUGAUGUCCGUCUCAUGCUUUCCUACCUUCCCUGAUUUGCUACUUAAAUCAGUGAUCCCGAGACCCCUCCUCGCCCAGUAUUAGAUAAACAAGGCCACACUGUCACAGAGGAAGGAAGCAGUGUUGCCUGGAAAAGGCCCAAAACCCUGCUAUGCAGUUGUGUCCCAGGUGCACCACGGUCCCACAGCUGAGUUGGUAAAGGAGAAAGUGUAUUUGGGGUUAAAGGUUGUGGCAUGAGAAGAGGGAGGAAAAGAGAAAUAAAGUGAUGGAGAUUGGGAGAAGGAGUCAGCCCCCCUUCCCUGUACCUUUUCACUUUUCUGAGUCCCACCUGCCCUUCUACACAGAGCCUCUUAGACCUGAUAUCCAUGCAUCCUCCCCCGCACCCCACAAAUGCACGCGUGCAAGCACAUGCGUGUACGUACACUGCCCUAUACCUUUUUUAAAAAGUCUCUUAAUGGUGGCAUAUUAUGGGCAUCUUAGGACUUUGUCACAAAUAUCAAAUAUCCAGCUUUUUUUUUUUUUUUUUUUUGUGAACCAUCCUUAGUCAUGUACUACUCCAGUUCACAGAUUUAAAACAUCACUUUGUAGGGUAGUGUACGUCAGAUCUUGACUCUCAUGUGUUUUACAACAGCACCAGUUGGAUCUGAGGAUAUCCACCACAUCUGCAGAUCUGCAGCAUCUGCAGAGUGCAUCAGUUUCAACCAGUGGUAUGCAUGCAAAUGUGUAACAACAGGCUCUCUGGGGAAGGGGGUGGGUUGGGGGAAAUGCCCUGUGUUGUAGCAUUUGCCAAUUUCAAGCUACUGACCUCAUGUCAAUUAAGGCAGAGUUGGGAAAGGAUGCAUUUCCACCAUUCUGAUGCAAUAAAUGUACAUAACCUCAAGAUGUAGGAAAAGUGAUUAGAGACUGAUGAGUUUUGAGUAUGUAUUAUGAUUGUUUUCAAUAUAAUGCAGGUAAUGUAAUUGCUACCUUAUAGAAUUUAGUCUUUAAAACAUCUGUGUUCAACAGCUGGCUCGCAAAAUUCCCGAACAGUUAAGUUUGCUCUCAUGUUCCAGUAAGAGCCCCCUCCAGCAUUCCACUACUUUCAACCCUUGCCCAGAAAGGCACCUCUCCCCAAAGCAGGUCACACAAACACUACAGGGCCAUAAAGGCCUGAUACCUCUGGUUUCUGAGCACGAACAGCUUAACGGGUAGGACAAGUAUUAAUUGAUAAUGAAAAAAAA